GAAGACAAACAAAACCUUUUUCUCCUUCCCUUAUAAUGACGAAACCAACCGAGCUUUUAUAAAUGCGGUAUACAAAGCUCAUUUUAAGAGGUGUUAAAGCCAUGAGUCAUUUUCUGCAAACUUAAACGUGUCUCUUCCUGUUUCUGCAGCCCACAGGAUACAUGGAGGCCCCUCUGUCCUACAGCACCAUAGAAGACCUGCAGCUGCUGUCCUGGGACAAUGCUCCCAAAUACUGUGUCCAGCUCAGCUUCCCUGGAGGAACGGUUCUGCUGCAGGCUGCUAACAGCUAUCUGCGGGACCAGUGGUUUCACUCUAUACAGUGGAAGAAAAAGAUCUACAAGUACCGCAAGGUUCUGAAUAACCCGAGCCGCUGGGAUGUUGUUCUGAAGGAGAUUCGCUCUCUGGUGGACAUGGCCCUCACUUCGCCCCUCCAGGACGAGUCCAUCCAUCAGGCCCCGCUGCACAUCAUCUCCACCCUGCUGGCUGAGGUACACUCAAAAGAUUAAGUUUACUGUUUGUUU